AUGGCAUUUUUGUCUCAGUUGAAGGCAUUACAACAUGAACUUGUAUGCAAGGAUGCAUUACUUAAAGCCAAAAACAUGAGACUACAGAAAAACCAAGAAUUUAAAACCAUUAAUCGAAUCAGAAGGCGUACAGCAAGAAGUCAAUCUAUAGGCCCUUCUACUACAUCUAGACAAGGUAUAGAAAAGGAGAAGCUUGAAAACAAACGGCGCUGUUUGAGAAGACAAUCUGCUAGGUUCAAAUCCCAAGAAAGGGAGCCUAAGGAGAACUUGUUUGAGAUUGAAGAUCUCAAGUUCUCAAUCAGUCAGUCAGUUGAUAAUCCAAUACAAGAAGAUGGUCUGAAAGAAGAAACAUUAUGUGAGCUAAGAAAUGAAGCGCCUAGAUCUUCAUUUGGAAGACCAGUACGUAGAGCUGCUGAGAAGGUGCAAUCCUACAAAGAACUUCCACUUAAUGUCAAAAUGCGUAGGGAAGAAUGAACAGAACUAAUCUUGCAGUAUAUAAAGACAUUUUUUUAGUUUAAACUAUAUAAACAUAUCAUUUUUGUCAU